AUGGGAUUCUUCACGAGCUUUGGCCUCAUGUGGAGGGCUAAAACGGACAGGCGGAUGUUCCUUGCUACUGUGCGCCCCGAUCAAGCCGCCCUGUUCCCCAUCCCCCUGGCUUUUGAGUCCACGGGUAUUAUCGCGGCCCUCAUUGCCAUGAUCGUGGUGGCGGCUGCGACCAUCUACACAGUCGAGCUGCUCAUGUCUCAGGCCACCGCCACUGGCAUGCACGACUAUGAGACCCUGUCGCUGGCUGUUGGAGGCAUCUGGUACAAGCUCUUCGUGGAGAUCUGCAUUGUGAUCCUGUUUCUGGGGAGCAUCAUCGGGGGCAUCGUGCAGUGCGGCCAGAUCUUCCUGAGCGCGGCAGAGCUCUACAGUGACUCGGUGCCGGAAUGGCUGAACUAUCGGCAGGGCUCGGUUCUCAUGGUGUUCACCACAAUCUUCAUCUUCCCUGCCUGCAUGGUGGAACUCAUGACUCAGCUGGAGUACCUAUCCAUAGCUGGGUUCCUGUUUGUGCUGAUGCUGCUGUUCACGAUGGUGGUGGAAUCCUUCAAGGCCGGCCUUCCCGCCAUCGGCAAUGGAGAGUUCUCGGUCGUGGGCUUCACUGACAUCUAUUCGUUCGCUGCGACGGUGAGCACGAUCGCGUUUGCUUUCUACAUCCAGCCCAUCGCGAUGCCCAUGCUGCGUGAGAUGCCGCCGGGCAAAGCCGGCUACCGCGUCCUCUCCUGGUCCAUGCGCCUCGUUGUAGGCGUGAUCUGCUUCAUCAUCUACUUUGUGAUGGGCUUCUUUGGCGCUGCGCGGUGGGGUCUGGCGACUGAUGGGAACCUGUUGGUCAACGAGUGGGGCCCCGCACACUACCAGGGCAUUCUCAACAUCCUGCUUGGAGUGUACCUGGCGCUGACUAACCCGCCCCUCGUCUACCCCGUUGCCCACGUGUUCAGGGGCUGGUUCCCGGGCAAGCAGUGGGGUUACGGGCCGAUGCGCCGGUUCAUCAUCAUCUUCACAAUCCUGGCCAUCUGUCUCGGCAUCGCACUGGCCGCCCCGGGCCAGUCAGCCAAUAUCGUGGUUGUCACGGGCGCCUCUGGAGUGCUCCUCUCCUGCUACCUCAUCCCCAUCGUCAACCACCUCAUGCUUUACUGCGGCUGGGCGCACUGCCAGAUUGCUAUCAAGGAGGGCCGCGGCUGGGACUCAAGCCUGAACGGCCGCAUGCCAGACGCAGAAACAUCGCACCACGGAAAGAAGGCUCCAGAAGGCGCCAUUGUCGAGAGCGCGAUGGACGUGGAGAAGUCGGGCUAUGGCAAGGCGGAGAGCAACGGCGUUGUCUGUGCACACGAGGGCGUGGGGGACCCAUUCACCUACCGCGGCCGUGCUGGGGCGUUCUCUGCCUACGAAUGGGCCGUCCAGAUUGUGCUGCCUAUCCUGGUCGUGCUGCUCGGGGCCUUCUUCAGCAUCCUGGCGUUCAUUGCCACAUUCGCAGCGCCUGAGGAGGACGCUGCCGCGCCGGCCGCCGCGCCAGACAUGGCGCCAAUGCCCAUGUGA